AUCCCGGGACAGCGCUCGAGCCCUGUGACAUCUGAACUUCCGCAGCGGGGGGAGGACUCCCCCCCGGAGAUCGAUAUUCUGUAAAAUGAUGCCAAACGAAGCUACUCAACACUCAGGUCAAACUCAAGAGAAAGAUUUAAAUAGCCCAUCUUUCAACAAUGCUGAAGAAACUGCCAUUGGUCCUGAAAACAGUGCAGCUCUUGAUAAAAUGGAAGAAAGUUUCACUCCUUCUGUAUUUAAUAAUAGCCCAUCCACUUCUUCAGUGGUUGGUAUGUUUGAAGUCCCAAGAAAAGGACCGCCAGUGUUGCACAUAGACAGACAACAAAUUCAAUCUGUAGAAUACAGUGCUCAAGCAGUUGAACUCAAAGAUUUGGGAGUUGAUGUCUAUGACCAAGAUGUGUUAGAACAAGGAGUGCUUCAACAAGUAGAUAAAGCAAUUCAUGAAGCUAACAGGGCAGCUCAAUUAGCUGAAGCAGAAAAAGAAUACCAUUCAGUGUUAGAUGAUCUCAGGUCAUGUACAACAUCUCUAAAGCAAAUUAAUACGAUUAUUGAGCAUCUUAGUCCUCAAGCUGUCAACAACAAAGAUGUCAACAGAAAACUAGAUUCUGUAAAGAGACAGAAAUGUAACAAGGAAAAACAACUAAAGAAGAUUAAAGCCAAACAAAAACGUCUUCAAGCUAUACUUGGUGGAGCAGAGAGAGAGAUUGAAGCAAAUCUUGUAGAUUUAGAAGAGGAUGAAGAGCCUGGGCCAUCAUCUCUUGGGAGUAUGCUCAUGCCAGCUCAGGAAACUGAAUGGGAAGAGCUCAUUCGGACUGGCCAGAUGACCCCUUUUGGUACACAAAUCCCUCAGAACCAAGAGAAAAAGCCUAGAAAAUUAAUGCUUAAUGAAGCAUCAGACUUUGAAAAAUAUUUGGCGGAUCAGGCAAAAUUAUCAUUUGAGAGGAAGAAGCUAAGCAAACAGAAAAAAAAGAAGAAAAUUCAAACUUCAGUUGAUUCAAAUACAAUCCCAACUUCAGAUGAAAAAGAAAAGAACAAGACCAAUGGGAAGCAGUUGAAAACAGAUAAGCAUUUGAAAAAGCAUAUUAAGAAACUUCAAAGGAGGGCUGUUCAGUUCCAGGGUAAAAUAAAAUUUCUAAAGGAAAAGAAACCACUGGAAUCAAAGAAGGCCAAGUAUGAUCAAGGAAGUGAAAGUGAAGAUUCAGAGUAUAUACCUGAGGAGGAAGAAGAAGAGGAGGAAGAGGAAGAACUGGCACUCCAUGCUACACGUAGGCAGGAUCAUACAUUGAAAUGUGUCUCCAAGCAGAGGAAGCAGCAGAAUAAAACUGCAACAGAGGAAAUUGAUGAUGAGUAUCUUCCUAGCUCUGGAGAAGAAUCCAUAGGAAAAAAUGGCAAAAUCAAGAGAUGCCAGGAUGAUGGAGAUGGAAAUUAUUAUAAACAACGGUUAAGGAGGUGGAAUAAACAGAGACUGGAAGACAAAGAGCAACGUAGAAAGGCUGAAGAAGAAUCUGAGGAAAGUGAUGCUGAAUUUGAAGAAGGUUUUAGAAUGCCAGGUUUUUUGUUCAAAAAGCUUUUUAAGUACCAGCAGACAGGUGUUAGGUGGCUGUGGGAAUUGCACUGCCAGCAGGCAGGAGGAAUUCUGGGAGAUGAAAUGGGAUUGGGCAAGACCAUCCAGAUAAUUGCCUUCUUGGCAGGUCUGAGCUACAGCAAGAUCAGGACUCGUGGUUCAAAUUACAGAUUUGAGGGAUUGGGUCCAACUGUAAUUGUGUGUCCAACAACAGUGAUGCAUCAGUGGGUGAGAGAAUUUCACACUUGGUGGCCUCCAUUUAGAGUUGCAAUUUUACAUGAAACUGGAUCAUAUGCAAACAAAAAGGUGACACUUAUUCGAGAAAUUGCAAGAUGUCAUGGAAUUUUGAUUACUUCAUAUUCCUACAUUCGACUGAUGCAAGAUAGUAUUAAUAAUCAUGACUGGCAUUAUGUGAUCCUGGAUGAGGGACACAAAAUCCGAAACCCAAAUGCUGCAGUUACACUUGCUUGCAAACAGUUUCGUACUCCUCAUCGGAUUAUCUUGUCUGGCUCUCCUAUGCAAAAUAACCUCAAAGAACUAUGGUCUCUCUUUGACUUUGUCUUCCCGGGAAAAUUGGGGACAUUGCCAGUGUUCAUGGAACAAUUUUCUGUUCCAAUUACCAUGGGAGGGUAUUCAAAUGCUUCUCCUGUACAGGUUAAAACUGCUUAUAAAUGUGCAUGUGUUUUACGAGAUACCAUAAACCCAUACCUGCUGCGUAGAAUGAAGUCAGAUGUAAAAAUGAGCCUUUCUUUGCCAGAUAAAAAUGAACAGGUCUUAUUUUGCCGCUUGACAGAUGAACAACGUAAAGUAUAUCAAAACUUCAUAGAUUCCAAAGAAGUCUACAGUAUUCUUAAUGGAGAAAUGCAGGUUUUUUCAGGACUUGUAGCAUUACGAAAAAUAUGCAACCACCCUGAUCUCUUCUCUGGAGGUCCCAAGAUUAUAAAAGGUAUUCCAGAUGAUGAAUUAGAGGAAGCUGACCAGUUUGGGUACUGGAAACGCUCUGGAAAAAUGAUAGUGGUUGAAUCUUUGCUAAAAAUAUGGCACAAGCAAGGUCAUCGAGUGUUAUUGUUUUCUCAGUCAAGACAGAUGCUACAUCUACUUGAAGUAUUUCUUAGAGCACGAGAAUAUUCCUAUCUCAAGAUGGAUGGAACUACUACAAUAGCUUCAAGACAGCCUCUUAUCACGAGAUACAAUGAGGACACUUCCAUAUUUGUCUUUCUUCUUACCACUCGCGUGGGUGGAAUAGGAGUCAACUUGACAGGAGCAAACAGAGUUAUUAUCUAUGACCCUGAUUGGAAUCCCAGCACAGACACGCAGGCUCGAGAGCGUGCUUGGAGAAUAGGCCAGAAGAAACAAGUGACUGUUUAUAGGCUCCUGACUGCAGGUACCAUUGAAGAAAAGAUUUAUCACAGGCAAAUCUUCAAGCAGUUUUUGACAAACAGAAUACUGAAAGAUCCCAAACAAAGACGUUUUUUCAAGUCCAAUGAUCUUUAUGAGCUGUUUACUCUCAGUAGUCCUGAUGAAUCUCAAGGCACUGAAACUAGUGCUAUUUUUGCAGGAACUGGUUCCGAUGUUCAAGCACCUAAACAUCAUUCAAAAAGAAAAUUUCAUAACUCCUUUCCUGUUGCUGAUAGAGAAGAUGUGAACCAAGCAGAUGUUUCUUCAGAAUGCAGCACUUUAUCUGAUGCCAACAUGUCUGAAUCCACUGCAGAUUUAUCUCAAGGAAAAUGCAAGGAAAAAGAAACAGAUGAUAAUGUGCACACACAAGAUAAAUGUGCUUUUACAAAUACAUUUUCCAUAUCAGAUGAACCAUCAAAGACUGUAACAAUUUUAGGGAAUGAGGAAAAAUUAAAUUCCUUGAGUUUCACUGAAAGUUUCAGUUCUACUGGAGAUGAAGGUUUAGAUACAAAGCAGCUUCCUUGUGAGACGAAAAGCUUGCAGGCCAAACCAGAUGGCAGCAUUGAGAGUGAGCAGACUGAGAACCGGUUCUGUAAACACAAGUCAAAAACAAAACAUCAUUUUGUGGAAGGAAAGGACACUCUAAAGCACAAAGGACAGAAGCAGAACUCUCAUACAGCCAAACAUUCCAAAGAUGCCAAGUUUGAAGGAACACGCAUCCCACACCUUGUUAAACAGAAACAGUACCAGAAGCAUGAUGAGGAGAAAGAGGAAAAUGAGCAAAAGCAUGACGAUUACGUUCUGGAAAAGCUUUUCAAAAGAUCAGUAGGAGUUCACAGUGUCAUGAAACAUGAUGCUAUUAUGGAGGCUUCCAGUCCGGAUUACGUGUUAGUGGAAGCAGAGGCAAAUCGAGUAGCCCAGGAAGCAUUGAAAGCACUGAAGAUGUCUCGUCAGCGUUGUUUGAGUGCUGUCUCUGGGGUGCCCACAUGGACGGGCAGUAAUGGUCUGUCAGGUGCACCGGCUGGAGGAAAGAGUAGAUUUGGGCAGAAAAGGAAUCCUAGUUUGCCUGCUCCUCAGCCUUCUUCAAAGCCUACAAAAGAGAAGGGUCAGGAUACUGGUUUAAAAAAUGCCACUCGAACUCAUUUUAGUGGGAAAACAGAAGAUGGAGAAUCUUCAUCUGGUGCUUUAGCUUCAUCAUCGCUAUUAGCUAGCAUGAGAACUAGAAACCAUCUUACUUUAUCACAGAGAACAGAAAAUGAAAAUGUGAACCUUCAGCAGGCUUCUGUUCCAUUAUCCACUGUAACAGAGCAUGAUGACCUUUUGGUAGAAAUGAGGAACUUCAUAGCUUUCCAGGCCCGCGUUGAUGGACAGGCAAGCACACAAGAGAUUCUGCGGGAAUUUGAAUCCAAGUUAUCUACAUCACAAUCGUGUGUGUUUCGAGAACUUCUGAGAAAUCUUUGCACGUUUCAUCGAGGUGUGAAUGGUGAAGGUGUGUGGAAGCUGAAGCCCGAGUUCUGCUGACCAAGCCCAAGAAUCUUUUAUCAUUGAAAUUUGUGGAUGAGUCUUAUUUAACAUAUAUGUUGUAUAGAAUUUGAGAAAAUGAUAUAAACACAAACCGCUUUAUAUUUAUUUUAUAUUGAAUCUACCUCAUAACUGCAGCUUUAAGAAAGAACUUCUUAUCCAAUUUUUGAAACUAUUGUUAUGAUGCUGGCUAAGAGUUAUGAUGCUGAUUAAAAAAUAUUUUUUGAAAAUUGCAAUAAGAAUUGUGACGCAGAGAGGCAGCAUGGUAUAAUUGAAAUCAGGAAAAAUUGUGGUUUCAUCCUGCCUCUGGCCUUUAUUUACUGUCAGAGCCCCAGGAUCAAUCACUUCACUUCCAUGUUCCUCAGGUGACCACUUCCAGGAACUUUUCUACUAAGUGAAAUUGAGCUUUACUGAAGUAAAUUGGUGUAGGAAGUUCUCACACUAGGAUCUGAUAUAUAUCCUUUGCAUAUUUGUAAGAUCCAUGUUUGCCUUCAGGGAUCUAACACUUAUAUUUUGAAGUUCCUUUGUUCUGUAUGUUUUGUGAGCUUUCAUGAAAGAAUAUCAGGGAAAACAUCAUAGUUUAUUAUUUAUAAAAUUCAUGAAGUAUGGUGACAAGAAUAUUAUGUUAUUUUUAUUGGUCCAAAAACCUUUUGUCACAUUUGAUGAGUCUUAUUUCACAAAUUAGAUUACUAAUAUGUUAUAGUAAUAAUUAUUUUGAUAUUUAGUUUUAAAGUAUUUUUUAAAUUUAUCAUCAAGAAAAGUAAUUUUCUCCCCAAACCAUUUUAUUACUAGUUUUGUGAAUUGCUAUUAUUGUUUUCCCCUUAAAUUAUGAAGUAUUUUUAGUACUAUAGAAUGAAAACUAUAGAUAACACAUUAUAGUUCCUACAAAGAGCUAGAAGAAAGUUAUCAGAAACUACAUUUAUAAUGCAUUUGCUUCAGACAAAAACAUUGCCAAGUGACUCUUUGAACUAGGGUUGGAAAGUCCUAAAACCUUAAGUAGUUAAACUAGGGUUUAGGCGAACCUAAUAAAGUUUAUAAGCCUUAUCUUCCUGAUACUUGGAAUAUUUCUGUAAAACAAAAAUAUUCAGGGCAAAUAUAAUAGCUGUGAAUGUUUUUUUUUCCUUCCCCAAACAUGCAAAUUGUCUUCUUAAGCUCAUUGCUUUCCUGUUUUUUACAGUAAACCCGAGUAAAACCAUAGCCUUUUCUUCUAAUUAAAAAUGUUGUCAAUUCUUUAUCAUUAACUGAGAGGUAAAAUUCUCAUUUCUCUUCUUCUACUGAUCUACUUUGACUUUGUGCAAGUCACUAAAUUGUCAGUUUAGCUAUCUAUAAACAUGGCAACAAUGCCUCAAAAAUUAAAGGGCUUAAUAAAGAUGAAAGGUGCUGAAUGUAUAUUUGGUAGUAUUUCAUAAUAGAAAGUUUGUACUUUGGUGAAAUCUCUUGAUUUUUGUUUUCUUCUGAAAAUCCAGCAAUGAAAUGUAUAUAGAUUUUGCUACAUAUUUUAUUAUUGUAUAUUUUUAUUCACUUAUUGUACUAAGCAUGUUUACUAAUGGUAUUCAAAUGCUUCAUUUUCUCCUUUCUCAACCUUGACCCUGUGUGUAGCAAAUAAUUUAAACUUGACAUUGUCUUUUAUUCUCAGAUCCCUUGCCCUGUUGCCACUCAUGAUUUGUCAGACUCAAACCUUGGGUUUACCACUACUGUCUCUUUUUUGACUUCUGUUCACGGGCUGGAGGAAAUCUUGCAACUUAUGUCAACCCGCUCCAAUGCAGAUUUAUUUGUAUUAUCCAUCUCAGUUUGGCUCUCACUGAUCCAGAACAUCCCUUUUACUCUUCCUUAAUUGACUCACUGUCGCUUUCUUUGUGGCAGCUGUUUCAAACCUCUUUUUUUCCUCAAGUCUUUCACAUCAUCUCCUUUCCUUCUGAAACCUUACACAAGGACUGUACCUCCUACCUUGCUGACAAAAGAGCUGUUUAUUUGAGCUCCUUUUACUUUCCUCUUAAUAGUCUUUGACACAUCUUCUUCCUCUCCAUUUUUUUACAUUCUGAUGAAGACACUGCUGUCCUUUGCCUCACCAAGGCCAGCCCCUCCUCUUGGGACCUGGAUCUCCUCGCUCAGCUUCUCCACAGAUGCCCUCAUAGGCAUCCCCUUUUGCCAACUUAGUAGAUUACGCCAUUGAAGUCAACCUUUUCAUUUUACAGGAACCCAAAGGUCAGUCACACACAUGAGUAAGAGAUACUCCAUUGUCUCUCCUCAUCUACUGGCUCCUCUUGUGUGACCUGUGGACGCAUCAAGGCCUUCUCAUAUCUCAUGCAGCCCUUAUACAGCCCUUACACCAUUGUCCCAUGACCCCUUUUCCUCUUCUUGCUUCUACUCCCAUUCUCACUCUUUGUAGACUCUUUGCAGUCUGCCUUUGGACUUCAUUUCUCAACUGAAAUUGUUCUCUCCUGGGUUUCUAAUGCUUUCUUAAUUACCAAAUUGGAUGGCCCUUUUUCUUAGUACUAUUCAGCUUUUGGAUCUAUUGAAUGUUAUUCCACCCAGAUCCUCUUUUCUCUCUUUGUACUUGUCUGAUCUUUCUUAGUCCUGUUUGUGAGUUCAUCAUCAUCCCUAUUCCACCCUUUCAAUUAGAGUACAUCCUGCAGCUGUCCUGGACAUAUUUUAUCUUUUUGUGAUCUUAAUGUGUUCAACAACAUUCAUUAUUUUUCUGCUAAAACCAACUUUUCUCUCUAACUUCCUUAUUUCUAUGGAGGGAUAAGAUUCUAGCCAUUAUUGGAGUCAUUCUUGGCCCUUCACUGUCCUUCACCUAAUAUAGCCAGUCAGUUGCUGAGUUUUGUUGAUUAUUCUCUGUAAUAUCUUUCACAUCCAUCCUCUUCUUUUUCCUCAUGGGGUCAGAACAUUAAUUUGGACCUUUCUCACUUCCUGCCUAGUCUUACUGCAGUAGUCUCCUAGUUGCUCUCCUUGCCUCAAAUCUAAUCCAAUCUCUUUAUAGCUACCAAAGUGAUAACCCUACAACACUGGUCUGAUCAGGACCAUUCCCCCAUCAAAAAGCUACAGUGGCUUCCUAUUGCCUUGAUGAUCAAAUAUAGAGUCCUUUUUUGGAAUUCAAACUCUUUACAAUCUAACUUACAGCUCUUUUCUGUACUUUCCACACAUUAUUUACCUUUAUACAGUCUAUUAUAGUCCAGCUUAACACUUCUUUGCUAUUCCUUACCCAAGACAUGCCAUCUCUUCUGCUUUUCCCCAGGCUGACAUCUGUUCCUUGAAUGCAUUCCCCUUUCAUCUCAGCCUCUUAGAAUCCCUAAUUUCUUUCUCAGAUGAAGAACUUAACACUGCCCCUUUCCUAAAGAAGACCUUUCUUAAGCCUCUCUAUUGCUUAUUAUUUCCUUGCCUGAAAUUAGUUUGUAUUUAUGUUACAUAUAUUUUGUAUUUGCUUAUCACUGUGCAUGUUAUUUCACCCUUAGAAUGUAAAUUCCUUGAGGACAGAUACUAUUUCAUUUUUUCUUUGUGCUCUAAGAGGACCUAGCAUGGUAUCUAGUACAUAAUAGGUACUUAAUAAAUGCUUAUUGAUUUCUUGGGAAAAUAACCUAUAAAAUUAUUCCUUUAUUUUGUAAUAGUUUAAAGCCAUUAAUACAUAUUUUCCAUUUUUAGAUGCAAAACAGUUCUUUUAAGAAUAUAUUAUAUUUUACUUAAGUAGAAACUUAUUUUCUAUUUAUGUCAUUGUCUUUUUCAGUUUUUCAGACAUUGUGCUUUUUAGUCUUUGUAGCUUUACCCUCUCUAACUUUUCCAUGCCAUCUCCUACUAUGCAGCUUUUCCUUUGAAAUCAAUAAAAAUUUAAGAGGAGAAGGAAAAAUACAAAUCAAGAAUAUCGUACAUUCAGUAUUGUGACUGAAUAAACUGAUGGGAGCUGAAUAUUUACAAAUAGCUGCAAAGUUGGUCCAGAAGUAUAGGAAUAUGUGUUUUAAGUCUAAAAAAAAGAGUUCAGAUGUAAUGUAUACAGAAGACUAGGAUGUACUUUUUGCUAAUGAAUGCUAAUAGGAUUUGAUCUUAAAAUUGUAUUUAUUCAGGAUAAUCCUUACUGACCAGACAUAAAUAGCCACCAGUUUCUAAAUUGAUGCCUGUUUGCUAAAGAACUUUUUUUCCGUGUGGUUUUUUUUUUUGUUUUUUUUUUGAGGGACAAUAAUAUAAAUGAUCUGUUAAAAACUACUGGUUUCUGGUUAUUGAACUUUUCUGUUCUGUUAAGGGGGAGAGUAGAGGGUUUUCAUAGAGCAGUUCCUACCCAAAACAAGCCAGAAGAGACAUCACAAGCUCUCGAAUUGAUUCACUUAAUGUAUAUUGAGUACCUAUUGUAUCCUAUGUGCUGAAAAUACAAAGAUAAGACAAAGUUGGUGUGCUCAGAGAGCUUAAAAUGUGACAGCAUUCACACAAAGGAAUGAUAUAUAAAAAGAUUAUUCUAACAUUAAGAUUAGCUAGGCAACUUUGCUAUAACAGAUAAAAUCUCUCACAAAACAGGACAGACAGAAAUCACUACAUCUUUGUGAUUCACACAAGCAGCCAUAUUCUAUGGUGCCAAUUACUUACACAUUAAAUUCAAACUUCACUGUAGAAAAUAUGUUGGUAUGCAUGUUUUAUAACUGAACUCUAAACCCAUUAAUUUUGCAGAUUGCCUUUUUGUAUAUGCUGCUGAUUUCAAGAGAGAAUAAAAGUCUUUAUUUGCAGAUUUGAAUAUUUAUUUUAGUAAAUUCUUAACUCUAAUUUAGUCUUGAGGCAAAUGAAGGAAAAAAAUUCACAAUUUCCUCUCCUCAUUCUUUCAGUGUAGAAUAUUUAAGUUUAUUAUGGUUUGUUUGAAAGAGAAAAGAGAUACUAUAGUAUUUUUAUCAAGUCUUUAGGAAAUAUUUUAGGAAAAAAUUUUGUUAUUUUCGAAGGAAAGAAGAAUCAUAGGAAGUGAGGGGUCUUAAAUCAGCUAUUCAGGUAACAAGCUAAAGAUACCUUCUUGAAUUCCUUCAAAGAAAACUAGUUUUUGUUCUAAUUAUUACUUCAUAAUUAGAAAAUUAGUAAUUAGAUUUAAUAAUAACUUUGAACUUUGGCUAUCAUCAUUUUGUUUUUCCUAUUAAUUUUGAAACCUUGUGCCCCUUAGUCUGCAAAGUGCAGCCUAUAAUAAAAAAUAUGUAUUUCACAUGUUAGUAUAAACACAAGAUUGCAUUGCCAUUACCAUUUCUUAACAUUAUUUCUCAAUUCCUAUACAAAAGUGGCAUCACAUACUUUAAAAGUAAUCUUGAAAUAAUUGCAUAAAAAUAUAAAAAUGAAGUAUUUUGUUUGUCAAGAAAACCACUUGAGAAUUGUAGGUUUAUCUUGCCCUACUUUAAAAAACUUGAUGAUCUGCCAGAGUAGAAAAUGAUAGAUACCUUUAUGGGCAGGCUGUGCAAUCCUUGGAUAAAGUCUGAUCUGACCUCUUAACUGAGGCUAUGUUUGUUUAGUUCUUUGGUCUUGAAAAUUAGCACUUGAAAUAUUUGUUUUGUUUUCUAAACCAAAUUUUCAGUGCAUGGGGAGGUCUUAGAUUAGAAAACCGUGAAGCAAAAGCAUAUCCAAGGAAGGAAAGAUUCUAAGACCAAAGAACAAAAAGAUUUGUUUUAAAAUGGUAAAAGGAAAAAGGUACACUUCAACUUUCAAUUUAUCCUGUUUUGAUUCUCCUAGCUUAUAUUAGUGUAUAUGUUUUAACCUAAUUGUUGUCUUAGAAUUAAAAAAAAAUUUUCCUUCUCUACUUAUCUCAUGAUUUAACUUCCAAUUUUUAAGGGCAAUUUCCUCUUUUUGGUUUUUGUACUUCUGAAUCUCAUUGGAUUGCCUGUUUUUGACUGAGUUUUUUCCUGAGUCACACAUUUUGCUGUAGAUCCAUGUAAAUUAAUCACAACUUUUUUUUUUUUUUUUUUUUUACAAACUUCUCUGAUAUGCAUAGGUAUAGAUAUACACAUCUGUGUGUAGUUUAUUUCAAUUGAUCCUCUGUACAUUCAUUACUGGUCAGUAUAAUUAAGAUAAACCAAUUUUUUUUAAACAUAUACAGCUUUAACUGACCUUCAUCUAUAGACUUGUGCUUAUCAUGAUCCUGAAAAGUACGGUUGAUUAGUUUUCAGAUAAUGUUGCAGAACUAUUCUAUCUCAAGAUGAAUCAGUUUAUUGGCUUCAUGCCCAAUAGGAUUUUUCCCCCUUAAAGCAAUGAAUUGGGGGCGAGAAUCUCCUUUAUCAAGAGAUGAUACUAGUAACCAUCAAUGGUUUUCAGUUCUUCCACUAGCUCACUAGUGUUGAUAGUUUAUGUUGAGCUGUUCACACUCCAUUCCUUUCCCUCUUAUAAUCAAUGGUACACAUUGAUUACAUUAGUUGAUUAGAGGUAGGGUUACCUUUUUUUUUUUGGGCAAACUUAUGACUUUGGUUGCUCUACUCCAGAUUGUUUCCCAAAGACAACAUGGAGGAAUUUAGGUACAUCAUGGAGGUAAGGAGUUGGGAAAAACUGGGAUUCUGAUGGAGAAAAUAUUGGCAUCUUUGCAGUGUGUAUAGAAAUAUGUAUGUUUGGGGAUCUAGACCUAAAGAUAGCUGGUGUAUCCCAGGAACAAUGUAGGUGUAUUAUGGAGAGAAGAUGUGAAACUACUGAUCUAAUCAAUUGAGCUAUUCGACACAGGUUUAAUAAAAAAAAAA